AUGGACAUGAAGAAGAGGAUCCACCUGGAGCUCAGGAACCGCACUCCGUCAGACGUUAAAGAACUGGUGCUAGACAACUGUCGCUCUAAUGAAGGGAAGAUCGAAGGCCUGACGGAUGAGUUUGAGGAGCUGGAGUUCUUAAGCACAAUCAACGUCGGCCUGACCACAGUCGCCCACUUGCCCAAGUUAAAUAAACUCAAAAAGCUCGAACUCAGUGACAACCGGAUCUCAGGAGGGCUGGAAGUGCUGGCAGAGAAAUGCUCCAACCUCACGCAUCUCAACCUCAGUGGCAAUAAGAUCAAAGACCUCAGCACAAUAGAGCCUUUGAAAGAGCUGAAGACCCUGAAAAGCCUCGACCUGUUCAACUGUGAAGUGACAAACCUGAACGAGUACAAAGAGAACGUGUUCAAGCUGCUGCCACAGCUCACGUACCUGGACGGAUACGACCGGGAGGACAAGGAGGCGCCGGACUCGGACGCAGAGGUGUACGCAGAGGGGCUGGACGACGAUGACGAUGAUGACGAUGAUGUAGACGAGGAGGAGUACGACGAAGACACCGCUCCAGGUGAUGAAGAGGAGGAGGAGGGGGAAGAGGAAGACGAGGACGAGGACGACGACCUCAGCGGAGAGGAGGAAGAGGAGGAGGACCUGAACGACAAAGAGGUGGACGAUGAAGAGGAUGAGGCCGAACAGGGACAGAAGAGGAAACGGGAUCUGGACGAGGAGGGGGAGGAGGGGGAGGACGAUGAGGACGAGGACUGA